CUUUGGUUCUCAACUCGGCUAUAGGAGGAUGUAAAUUCUCGUUCCGGAGUUUUCAAUCUCCCCCUGUCAGAAGAGGUACUGUGACGUAAGGUAAGUAAGUUAUCUGCUUUCAAAAUGUUCGCCUCAAACAUUUUGUCAGAAAAGGUUUAUGUAAAUGCGACAAAAAAUCGUCUAUUUUGCAUGUGAUCCAUGGCACGUGAAAUGUUUGAAUUUUAGAACAUCGACUCAUAACUGAGUCUUAAGUGAUUUACCAUAUGUAGAUGUUUCUUUUGUAUUCAAAUUAAUAAGAUGUUGGGAAAGGUUUCUAGAAGAUGGCUUUCUAUAACGCUUAACCAUCCAGUGAAACCACCAUUUAUUCCAUUGGUAUCAGAAAAUGGAUUUCCAGGUGCAAUUGGUCAGACUCCAUUAUUAAAGUUACCGAGGAUUUCUGAAUCAGUAGGUAGAAAUAUUUAUGCAAAGGCAGAAUUUAUGAAUCCAGGUGGAUCUAUUAAGGAUAGAGCUGCACUUUAUAUUAUCAAUGAUGCUGAACAGAAAGGUUUAAUAAAGCCUGGUGGAACCAUUGUAGAAGGUACUGCUGGUAAUACAGGCAUUGGACUUGCCCAUGUAUGUAGAGCAAAGGGUUAUAAUUGUGUUAUUUAUAUGCCAAAUACUCAAUCAAAGUCUAAGAUUGAAACAUUGAGAUUACUUGGUGCAGAAGUAUAUCCAGUCCCUGCCGUUGCUUUUACUGACCCACAAAAUUAUAAUCACCAAGCUAAACGUCAUGCCGAAAGUCUAGAAAAUGCAGUUUGGACUAAUCAAUUCGAUAAUAUUGCAAAUAGACAAGCACAUAUUGAAACAACUGGACCAGAAAUUUGGGCUCAAUUAGAUGGUAAAGUAGAUGCAUUCACCUGUUCAACCGGUACUGGAGGUACAUUUGCUGGUACAUCGAGAUAUCUUAAGACAAUUUCAAAUGGAAAAGUUAAAGCAGUUUUAGCAGAUCCACCAGGAAGUGUUUUAUAUUCUUAUAUUAAAUCAAAUGGUAAGGAUAUUGUAAGAGGGGGAUCUUCUUUCACUGAAGGAAUUGGCCAAGGUAGAGUUACUGAUAAUUUAAAACCAGAUUUAGAUAUCAUUGAUGAUGCUAUAAGAAUUGCUGAUGAAGAUUCCAUUGCUAUGGUUUAUAGACUUUUAGAUGAAGAAGGAUUGUAUCUUGGUGGUACUGGUGCUUUAAAUGUUGUUGCAGCCAUUAAAGUUGCCGAAACUUUACCCGAAGGAAGUAAUGUUGUAACUAUUUUAGCUGAUUCUGCUCACAAAUAUGCUGACAGAAUCUUUUCCAAAGAAUGGUUAAAGACAAAGGGCUUAUACGAUGCCAUUCCAGACCAUUUAAAGAAAUAUGCUACUUUAGAUUAGGCUGCAAUAAAUUUGUAUAAAACUCAUACCGAUUAAUAUAUCACUUCCCCCUAAGCCUUGAAAAAGAAAACAUUUAAUAAACAUAAUAAGCAUACUAUGUAUUAUAAACAUAGUAAAUAUAGUAAACUCCUAAUUAAUAACAAUUAUUGUAUUAUUUAC